UUCAAUUUCACGUUCUCGCUAUGCAUAACUUCAUCUUCUACCUUGCAGCCAUACUGCAAGUGUAAUAUGGUAUCAGUCGACUAUAACCCUUCAUUCACCUUCUCUUCCGCUAAACAUUCCUAAUUCACUGCAUAUCCACCAUCACCAUGUCUUCCAGUGACGAAUCUGAUACAAUCGUUCACAAAAACCAAGAUCCGAUCUUGAAUCCUAGAAGCGCCUACUAUCUACAUCCCGGCGAAAACCCAGGAGCUAUCAUCGUUGCACCACCAUUGGAUGACAACAACUACCAUAACUGGAGCAAGUCGAUGAAGCGUGCGUUGACUUCCAAGAACAAGAUUUCAUUCAUCAAUGGCACUCUUCUCCAACCUCCUACAUCUGAUCCAAACCAUGAGUCAUGGGAGCGCGCCAAUAGCAUGGUACUGUCAUGGAUCAAUCAGACUCUUUCCCCUCACAUUGCACAGAGCACGAUUUACUUUGAUUCAGCCUUUGAGUUAUGGGAAGACCUUCGCGAAAGAUUCACGAAAGGUAACCAUUUUCGUUUCUCUGACCUACUUCGUGAAUUACACUCUAUUUAACAAGGAGACCGGUCUUUAUCCACCUACUUCACGGAUUUGAAAAUACUAUGGGAUGAAUUGGAAGAUCUUCGUCCAACCCCUUCAUGCUCCUGCACAAUCCCCUGCACUUGCGAUUUAUCCAAAGCCGUGCGUAACUUCAAACAAAUGGAGUACGUUACUUGCUUCUUGAAGGGAUUGAACGACAAUUAUCAGAACAUUCGAAUGCAGAUCUUGCUUCUUGAUCCUCUUCCCUCUAUCAGUCGUGUAUACUCUCUCAUAGCUCAGCAACAGGUGGCUCCUACCAACAAUUCCACCAUCCUUUAUGCCAACUCCAACAACAAAGGCAAAGGGCGUGGAAACACAAAACCUUCCAUGGUCUGCACCAAUUGCAGCAAAACCAACCACACAGUGGACACAUGCUACUUCAAGCAUGGAUUUCCACCGGGCUAUCGCAACAAGAACCCUAAAACUACUUCAGAACCUAAGACAUCUCAACCUGUAGAUUCUGCUCCUAACAUUUCCAAGGAGGAUUACCAACACCUCUUACAACUUCUUCAACAAUCUCGAAAAGAUCCACCUAAAGAUCCUAAGGCUGUAAUUUCAGGAUGUGUCUACCAAGCAGAAGAUUGGCCAAGUGACCCUACAUAAUAAUCUCUACAUAAUUCAUAGAAACCAUGAUAUUCACUCUCACAAUACAUGUAAUCAUAGAAGUUCUCCUCAAUAUGACCAUGUUGUUAACUCCAUGUGGCACCACAGAUUAGGCCACCCCUCUGAUGAGGUUUUAAAACAAAUGUCUCUUAAUUUUCCUCUUAUUACAUUCAAUAAAACUUCCAUUUGCCACACAUGUCAUUUAUCUAAACAAUGUAAACUUCCUUUUCCCAUAAGCACUACUACAUCUCUUAAAUGCUUUGAUUUAGUUCAUAUGGACAUUUGGG